AUGAAGAGCUUAAGAAGAGAAUUCUCUUCAAACCCGCAGGCUGCCAAUGUAACUAGCAAAGUCUUUGUGAGGUCUACGAAGAGCGGCAAGGUGCAAAAGAUUGUUCGUGAGCUCUAUCUGAGACAAGAUAUUCCUUGCUCCUCGAAGCUCUGCACGAUAUGCCCUUCAGUUGCCCCCGCUGAUGCCAAUGGAAACAGUAUGAGAUCUUUUGCAUUUUUGUGGAUUGAGAGCUUUGGGCUAAUUCAAGAGAUAGUUGCACCCUUUGUCCUCUCCGAUCGUCCCGCCGGCACGAAGACAUUCCCUCGCGGCCAUUACCUCGUCCCUGACACAAAUGCGCUAUUGAAUGGAAUGGAUCUUUUUGAGCACACUGGCGCAUUCUACGAUGUGAUCAUCCUCCAGACUGUCCUCGAAGAACUGCGUAACCAAUCGCUGCCUCUCUACAACCGACUUCUCUCUCUUAUCAAGACCGAUGAGAAACGUUUCUAUCUUUUUUUCAACGAGUUCCGUAUGGAGACACAUGUGCGCCGGGGUCCCGAAGAAUCGAUCAACGACCGCAAUGAUCGCGCCGUACGCAUGGUUGCGAAAUGGUACGGCGAGCAUCUUCGGGCCUCAUCCAAGAAGGGCAAGAAGGAGAAAUCGGUCCCUGCCAUUGUCGUCAUUACCGAUGACAAGGACAACAUUAAAAAAUCCAAAGAAGAGGGCGUGACAGCCUUGUCUUUGUCGGACUACAUCGGCAGCCUGGAAGACUCGGCGAAGCUUUUGGACAUGAUCAGUGAAGCGAGGGAGGCACGGGAUGCCAAAGGCUCGGCUCGUGGCGAGCUAUUCUACCCCGAGUAUUAUUCUAUGUCCAAACUCAUGACCGGUUUGCGUGCUGGCAACUUUCAUCAAGGAGUGUUUAACGUUUCGCCCUACAAUUACCUAGAGGGCUCCAUCAAGGUCCCGGCUUUUGACAAGCCACUGCUCAUCUUAGGACGUGACAACAGCAACCGUUCCAUUGCAGGUGACGUUGUGGUUAUCGAAGUUCUACCACAGGAUCAGUGGAAGUCCCCAUCCACGAAGAUCGUCGAUGAGGAAGCCGUCACUCGGAAUGACAACCCCGAGAGUGAAGAGAGUGAAGCUAUUGUUACAGACAAAGAACGCAAAGCUCUUCAAGAAGAGGUGAAGAAGGCUCACGGCAAAAACUCAGAAGGAAAACCACAGCCAACCGCUAAGGUAGUUGGCAUUAUUAAGCGCAACUGGCGACAAUACGUGGGACAUGUGGACUCGAAUUCGACUGGUUCGCAAGCUGCUUCGGGGAGGCGGCAAGAAACUGUCUUUGUUUUGCCCAUGGAAAAGAGAGUUCCAAAGAUCAAGGUCCGAACUCGCCAGGCCGCUGAUCUGCUUGGCCAGCGCAUACUUGUCACUAUCGAUUCGUGGGAACGGGACUCGCGCUAUCCCACCGGUCAUUUCAUUCGAUCUCUGGGGGAACUUGAAACCAAAGGAGCCGAAACGGAGGCUCUUCUUCUGGAGUAUGAUGUGCAGUACAAGCCUUUCCCCAAGUCUGUCCUAGAUUGCUUGCCAUCGGAGGGUCAUGAUUGGAAGGUUCCUGCUUCCAAGGAGCACAGGGGCUGGAAUGGCCGCCGGGAUCUACGCGAUCUACUCGUUUGCAGUAUCGAUCCCCCAGGCUGUCAGGAUAUUGACGAUGCACUUCACGCACGUCCUCUGCCGAAUGGCAACUUUGAAGUCGGUGUGCACAUUGCUGAUGUAUCGCACUUUGUAAAGCCCAAUAACGCCAUGGAUCUCGAGGCAAGUGUCCGCGGUACAACGGUGUACUUGGUCGAUAAACGUAUCGAUAUGCUUCCACACCUCCUGGGAACAGAUCUUUGUUCUCUUAAGCCAUACGUGGAACGUUACGCCUUUUCUGUUCUUUGGGAAGUAACCCCCGAGGCCGAGAUUGUGUCUUCUGACUUCACCAAGUCAGUCAUUCGCUCGCGUGAAGCGUUCAGUUAUGAACAGGCCCAAAUUCGUAUCGACGAUGCUUCGCAAAACGAUGAAUUGACGGAAAGUAUGCGGAAUCUAUUGCGUUUCUCCAAGAUUCUCCGACAAAAGCGUUAUGAUGCGGGUGCCUUGAAUCUUGCCUCGCCCGAAGUUCGCAUCGAAACCGAUAGCGAUGAAGUUGGCGAUCCCUUAACUGAUGUCAAGACCAAGGCCAUGCUUGACACAAACAGCCUGGUCGAAGAAUUCAUGCUUCUCGCCAACAUAACCGUUGCCACCAAAGUCUACAACUCUUUCUCUCAGACAGCGCUACUCCGACGACACGCUACUCCCCCGCCGCAAAAUUUCGAGGACCUGAUCAACCAGCUAGCCAAGAAACGCAACAUGGAGCUUGAUGUUUCUAGUUCGGGUGCCCUCGCUAGCUCACUGGACCGCUGCGUCGACCCUGAGAAUCCGUUUUUCAAUACCCUUGUCCGUAUUUUGGCCACUCGUUGCAUGACUUCAGCCGAAUACUUUUGCGCCGGUGCUCAUGCCGAGUCCGAGUUUCGCCACUAUGGCCUGGCUUCGCCUAUUUACACCCACUUCACAUCUCCCAUUCGACGAUAUGCCGAUCUACUCGUCCACCGGCAGCUAGCCUCCGCCAUCGGCUACGAAGGCGAGGAUGGCCAUGCUGUUAUCGAAGGUGUCAGCACGCGUGGUAGACUGGAGGAUAUUUGCCGCAACAUUAACUACCGUCACCGUAAUGCCCAAUUUGCCGGUCGUGCCAGUAUCGAAUAUUACGUCGGUCAAGCCCUCAAGGCUCGCGGUGAGAAGUUGUCUGUGGGCGGCACUGACACGGGUAUUGAUGAGGAGGGUUACGUUAUGCGUGUCUUCGAAAAUGGAGUUGUGGUCUUUGUGCCCCGUUUCGGUAUCGAGGGCGUCGUGCGCCUCGAGGAUUUUGUCCUCCCAGGUGAAUCUGGUGCGACCUCUGUCUCCGAGAGACGUGAGUUGGCUGUUCAUCGCACUACCGACUUUGAUAGCGAAGAGUAUACCCUUCGCGUGGAAGAGAAGGGUCACUCUGAAAAGGAGCGUGGAGUGACUGUUGAAUUAUUCCAGAAAGUCCGUGUGAAUGUCAGCUCAGUCAAGGAGGAAGGCCGCGGGGCUGGCAAAAGGAGAGUCAGGAUCUUGAUCACUGGCUAA